AUGUUGAAAUCCAAUCGAGAUCCUUCAGCAUCAUCAUCAGAUUCCGUUCAAAACAUGAAUAUUUCCGAUCACAGUUUUAAAUAUGUUCGAAAGCACUUGAGAGAAAAACAUCACUUUGAAAAGGAGAAACAAACAAUUUUCAGAUACCUACUUCAAUAUCAUUACUUGGGUUUACAUUUGAUGGUUGAAAGUAAUUUGUAUCGCGAAUCAGAACCAAGUUCAAAAUCAUUGCUCGGAAUUGAUGCAUCGAAUUUAUAUUUAUUUGCAUUGAAAUAUCAAAAACAGAGACUUCGAUUGAAAUUAUUGUACUUUCUCGCAGAAUUGAAUUUUUACUCGGAUGUAUUGAAGGAAUUGGAUGCCACUCAUAUUUCUCAAAACUCAACACUCAUGACGCAGAUGGAACAAAAAAUUAAGGUACACGAGAUCAUAACCAAUACGAGAAUGCGCCCUCCUACGUUUAUAUGA